CGCCUCUUGAGAAGCCGCUUCGUUAAUCAACCCUUUAUCCUCCGCAAACCUCUCAAGAGUUCAUAUAAGAGAUACGUUAAGAAAAUUAUCAUUUGUUCUUAAUAUAUAUCUCAAACGAUUUUCCUCUUUUUGAGUUACUUGGGGGAAUAUCAGUUGACUUUAGAAUUGUGCACACUCCAUUUCAAAAUUUAGUUUCAGUAUAUUCUAUAAUACUCUAAUGUGAAUAUAUUGAAAAAUAUUGUAUCCAAAUCCUAAUUUUGAGGACUUUGAAGCUGCCGAAGAGAAGCCCAGGUUGGAACUCAAGAUAAAAAGGAAAAAGAUCUUAUAAGGACCUGCCUGAACAAAUGCAUCACAUAUUAGGGCUCUGUCUAGUGCUGGCCCAUCUAUUGUUUCAAGUAGACAGUCGAGCACGAUACUAUCAAGGAUGCCCACUCAUCUACAUGAGAUACAGUUACCAACAUACAGCUUGCCGACCUCCUAACCCUCGAUGCACUAUCUAUUCUCGAGGCAUUAGUCAACAUGAAAAAGAUUUUAUAGUAUGGAAACAUAAUUAUCUUAGGAGUAUCGUAGCGCAAGGAUAUGAGAGAACAAAUAAUCAACCUCCUGCUGCAAACAUGAUGCAAAUGGUUUGGGAUGAAGAACUGGCAGCUGUGGCUCAAAAGCAUGCAGACCAGUGCAUCUUUCAACAUGAUUGCCCUGAAUGCAGAUCCGUGGAAGCCUUCUCGGUAGGUCAAAAUAUUGCAACAAGAGCUAAAACUGGAAAUUCAUUACCGACAUCUGAUUGGGAAUCAACAAUACAAAGUCUUUACGAUGAAGUCAAAGAUUUUUAUCCAAAAUGGAUCAGUCCUUUCAGAGCACCAAAAUAUCCAAUGACAGGUCACUACACCCAGGCUCUAUGGGCAUCAUCUUGGAAAGUAGGCUGCGGUUAUACCGUUCAUAGUUAUUCGAAUGAUCCAAGAUUUCAAUACGUCGAAUUGUACACAUGUAACUAUGGACCAACGGGAAAUUUAUACAUGCAAGAUAUGUACAGAAUUGGACCAGCUUGUAGUCAAUGCCCUGAAAAUACUUGUUGUGGCAAACAGUGUGAGCGUCUAGGUAUCCGAGCUGAUUAUCCUGGACUUUGUAAGACAAUUAACUCUUUUGGACCUCAGCCGGAAUUUCCUCGAGGAAAUGUCUACUUGUGGUGCAAUUUCAGAGAAGGUCAUCCAAGCAGAGAAUGGUGCGAAUUUGUUAUUGAAGGUGCAAGGCAAUGGAAAACAAGAAAAGUUGCUACAGGAACAUACGCUGCAAUUGUAUUAGAAGGCGGACAGAAAACAUCUUUACAUUUUACAAGAGAAACGGAUUUCUCGAAGCUAAUGUGCUUCAACAUGGAAUAUCGUAAAGGUCCUCAUAUUGCUGCCGAUCGAUCAAACAAUAAACUGAGUGCUGUAUUCCACAGUACAGUAUCAAACGGUUAUUACUAUUUAAAUGUCACAUCGGAUGCUAAAGAUUGGACAACUAUUGAAUUGCCAGUUUCGUGGUGGGGAGGCCCAAGUUUGAUGUCCCUUACAUAUGAAGUGCCACAUGGGGCUGCACCACAGUAUUUGGAUAUUAGACAAAUAGUUGUAAACGAAGGCCAGUGUCAUAAAAAAGCUUACCUGGGUUGAAACUUAGGUAACACUUGUCACCAGCCACUGCAUGGACCAUUUCCUACACUAGCUCAGGAUGACUGCCUAUAUUAGGGGUAUAAUCAUGAUGUCAUUGUAUCACAUGUAAUAAAUAAAGUAUUUAAUUUCAGGUU